AUGGCGCCGUCUUUCGACCACCUCCGCGACGAGGACCUUGAUGAGGAUGAUUUCGAUGUUGAUGAGGUCGACAUUUCCGAUAUUCGCGAGAAGUACGAAGUUCAGCUUGAGCAGGGCUACGAUGCCUUCGUCGUUGUCGACGGCCUCCCCGAGGUCACCGAGGAGCAAAAACCCAAGCUCGUCAAGUUCUUGUUGAAGAAGCUCAACACUGUUGGCAAGACCCGGGAGGACCUCAUCUUCAUGCCCAUGGGCGAGGAUGGAAAGUCCAUGAGAUUCGCCUUCGUCGAGUAUUCGUCACCCGCCGAGGCUGCUGCCGCCUGCAGACAGCUCGACCUCGUCCCCCUCGACAAGAAGCACACCCUUCGCGUCAACAAGCUUACCGAUGUCGACCGUUAUGGUCGCGAGGGCCGUAUCGAUGACGAGUACACUCCUCCCCAGAUCGAGGAGUUCCAGGAGAAGGAGCACCUCCGCUCCUUCAUGGCCGACCCCAGCGGCCGCGGCAGAGAUCAGUUCGUUAUGUUCAGGGGAGAGACUGUUGGCUUUUCUGGGAACAACGAGAAGGAUACCCCCGAGAACAUUGUCGACCGUCAACACUGGACCGAGACCUUCGUGCAGUGGUCGCCCCUCGGUACCUACCUCACCUCCGUUCACGCCCAGGGUGUUCAGCUUUGGGGUGGUCCCUCGUGGACCAGGCAGAGGCGUUUCGCCCAUCCUUUCGUCAACCUUGUCGCCUUCUCUCCCAACGAAAAGUACCUUGUCACCUGGUCCAACAGGCCGAUUUCGAUCCCCGAGGAGGGUCACCCUGCUCUUUCGCUCGACACCCCCGCCGCCGCCACCGCCGAGGGCGAUGCUCCCAAGAAGGCCCCCAAGUUCCCCUGGCCCGCGUUCAAGUGGUCUGCCGAUGACAAGUACGUCGCCAGGCUCAACCCCGGCCAGUCCAUUUCCGUCUACGAGCUCCCGAGGAUGAACCUGUUGGACAAGACCGCCAUCAAGAUCGAGGGCGUUGUGGACUUCGACUGGGCCCCCGCCACCGUGCAGCGCGAUGGUGUCAAGACCUACGAGCAGCUUUUCUGCUUCUGGACCCCCGAGAUUGGCAGCAACCCCGCCAGAGUCGGUUUGAUGAGCAUCCCCUCCAAGCAGGUUGUCAGGUCACUGAACCUCUUCAGCGUCUCGGAUGCCAAGCUUCACUGGCAGUCCGAGGGUGCUUACAUCUGCGUCAAGGUUGACCGUCACUCCAAGUCCAAGAAGUCUCAGGCCACCACUCUUGAGAUUUUCCGUGUCAAGGAGAAGGGUGUUCCCGUGGAAGUUGUCGACACCAUCAAGGAUACCGUAAUAAACUUUGCCUGGGAGCCCAAGGGCGACAGGUUCGUUAUCAUCAGCACCACCGAGCCUGUCGGUGCCACCGCCGUCCCCCCCAAGACGUCGGUCGCUUUCUUCUGCCCUGAGAAGGCCAAGGGCAAUGCUGUUGGAAACUUCAAGCAUCUCCGCACUCUCGAGAAGAAGAACAGCAACGCCAUCUACUGGUCGCCUAAGGGUCGCUUCGUGGUCGUUGCCACUGUUGCCAACACUCAGAGCUCCGAUCUCGACUUCUACGACCUCGACUUCGAGGGUGAGAAGCCCGAAUCCGACAAGGAUCUCACCGCCAACCUUCAGCUUAUGAACACCGCUGACCACUACGGUGUCACUGACGUCGAGUGGGACCCCUCGGGUCGCUUCGUUGCCACCUGGGCUUCCGCGUGGAAGCACUCUAUGGAGAAUGGAUAUCAUCUGUAUGACUUCAAGGGUGAGCAGCUGCGCGAGGAGGCUAUCGAGAAGUUCAAGCAGUUCCAGUGGAGGCCGCGCCCCGCUACCCUCCUUAGCAAGGAGGAGCAGAAGGCCAUCCGCCGCAACCUCCGCGAGUACUCGAGGAUCUUCGAGCAGGAAGACGCCGAGCGCAUCAGCAGCGCCGACGUUGCCGUUGUCGAGGCCCGCCGUCAUCUCCUCGAGGAGUGGUUCGCUUGGCGCGAGUCUAUCGUGCAGGAGGUUGCCGAGGAGCGCGAGAUCUACGGUCUUCCCGCGGACCCUGCUGCCGAGCUCAUCAAGGCCAAGACCUCGGAGCUCUCCACCGACGGAGAGGAGCAGGUCAUCGAGGAGAUCAUGGAGGAGGUGUUGGAGGAGACCGAGGAGAUCGUUCAGUAA